AACAAUCGUAACAACUCGGCCGUAACCGAAGGCCGAGCGUGUUCCGAUUGGUUCCGAGAACUGUCAUUUGAAUUCGACAUACGGAAGUGCACUGUACAUGUUAUGACCACAGAUGCUUUUCUUCGCCUACUUAGAAAAUAUUCUGAAAUGGAAAUAUGACGACUUCUGAUCAAAUCGCUAGUGACUGGGUGGGACCAGGAGUUAACCUGGACACUCUUUCUGAAGAACAACGAUCCAUAUUAUUCUGCUUUCUCUGUUCUGAUGACGGGGAAAUCGAUUUACAGAAGCCAGAUUGGUGCGACACGGUAAACUACAUAAGAGGUAAACUUUUCAACAUAAAACAUUCCUCAAAAAAGGAAAAUCUGGACAUUCUCCAGGCACCUACAAUGAAGACGCUUAUCCGUGAAAUCUCUACUUUGUGGAGUUUGAAUGACGAAAUAGAAGAAUUCAUCACAUUCCAUUUUGUUCGUGUUUGUUACUUGAAAAAUGGAUGCUUUGAAUUUGUUUUGUCAAAUAUGAGCAAAGCUAUCCUGAAAAGGUACGCCAGAACACAGGGAUACACGAGAGAACCUGGGGAAAGUUGUUUCUGUGUUUAUAAUGAAGAUAGACUGCUACUAGACCGUCUGGAGAUAGAGGUCAUAGACAGUUUGACGUUGAAGGACGAAAAUAGCCAUGCUCAUGUCGGAUUAAAACUGCAAAUUCCACGGGAGCUUCUGAAAAGUGAUUUGAGCGUGAGAAAAAGUUUUAUGGAGUUUGUGAGGUAUCGUAACGUGGACGCCAUCGACAAUAUCAGACACCUCUACAAUGCAUUUAGUUUGAUGGGGCAGUUAGAUGACGAGACAAAAUUGAAAAAAUUACAAAGCCUCUCGGAAGAUGAAAAAGUUUUUCUUUGCUGCAUGGUGAUGUCUGACUUCAACCAGAUCAACAAAGAUUUUGGAGGAGUUCAAACAAUUGCGAGCGAAGUUUUCCAACUCGAAUAUAUUACAAGUGUCAGCGCAACUGACGCAUUGAAGAAGUUAUUGGAGAAGGCUUAUGUGAAGGAGGAAUAUGAUGCCGUCGCGAUAUGUCCCCCAUUUGAAUAUCCCGACAUUAUUUGUUGUUUGUUUUUGACAUAUAUAAAAACAGAUGAGAAUCUAGAAGCUUACAUAAGAUUCACAUCUGGUCCUUCUCUCAGAGAAUUUGGAAGAUUGUGGCAUUACAUAAGAAAAGAUGGCGAAUUUUGUUUUCAUAUUCCAGUACAUAUGAACAAAAUUUACCUACAGAAACUUAGCAUGGAAGCAAUAUGCCAUUGCAUGACAGAUGAUCCAACAUUUAGAGAGGAAAUGAGAAUCCACUUGAAAUGUCCACCAAGUCUCCUUCAUGAAGAUAUCAGCAUUAGAAUUGCUUGUGUCAGAUACACAAAACAAAGACGGGAGCUGAUACGCAAGGAAUACGCAAAAUGUAAAGAAACUAGUACAGACAGAAUGCAAGAGACAACAUUGACAUAUGAUUACAUUGGAUUCAUAUGUGGAGGGCUGUCAGAAUUACUUUCAGACAAGUUUCAAAUGAUGCAGUCAAAUCAUAAAUCUGUGCUGUUCUGUUUGUUACUCUCAAAAGACAUGUCUAUCAACGAGAAAAAAGAUGACUGGGUGCAUCUCCUAAACGCAGUCAGAAGCAAGUGUCAUAUUGCAAUUAAGCACAAAGAGGAACUGGUAUUGGAUCUUCGGUACUUGGCACACUUCUACCCUGAGGCUGUCCAACAGAACGAGGAUCUAUUUUCACUCUGUGCAAAUCCUGAUGAUGUUUUACAUUCUUUUACCUUGGUGGGACUGCAUGAUGAUGAAGAUCUUUUAUUCUUCUUGAACAAGGCUGAUGUUUUAACUUUACGAAAGUACGGGCGACUCUGGCAUUAUCGCAAACAUGUUUUGGAAAAAUGUGUAUUUUUCCCCGACGAUUUUGCUGAAAGCUACAUAAAAAAACUCAACUUUUAUGCGUUGUCGCAUGUAAUGAUCGAAGAGAAAGUCUUUCAAAAUAUGUGUUUACAAAUCCUUCACAUACCUAUGGGAUCAGUGAUACACAGAGAGGAGAGAACACGUUUCAUUGGAUUUUUAGAAGAAAGGGGCACUCAUUCUGAUUGCGAGAGACUGAAAUAUCGGUACAGCUCUUUUACAAUUGGGAGUUCGAAUCUUCCUAAAGAUGAAAAACCAUGCUUCAGUGAUAUUGAAAAAUGCAUCCUGUUUUCGAUUCUCUUUGCUGAAUGUUACACUGCAAAUACGAAAGGCUUCACAUGGAGACAACAGCUUUUGAAAAUUGCUCAUCAUGUUAAUGAUGAUGCAAGCGUGCAAGAAGGACAGUUUGAUGACAUACUAUCUAGGCCAGACAGCAUUAUAUGGAACUUUCUAGAAGUGAAGGAAGAUCUGAUGAGGUUCAGUUCUCCAGAAAAUCAACACUUUGCAAUGUUUGUGUUUGUUGAAGAAUACUUGAGAACUGAGGAAGAUCUGAAGUUUUUCAUAGAAACAGCACACAUCACGUGUCUAAGCGAAUAUGGAAGGUUGUGGCACUACAGGAAAAAACGAAAAGAGAAAUGUCUUUAUAUUCCUGACAGCUUGGCGGACACGUAUAUAAGGGAACUGAAUGUUGAAGCCAUCAUACAUUGUAUGAUAUCAGAUCCAAUAUUUCAAGGAAAAGUUAUAACCUUACUGCAUAUACCAAAGGAGAUCCUCGACUCGAGCUUUGAAGCGAGAUGUGAUUUUGUUGCGAUAUCCAACACUGGCAACCAGAGAGUAUACAAUGCCAGGGGAAUGAUUGUCGGAUGUGCUGGAGCUGGAAAAACCACUCUCCUUAAAAGGUUACAAGGAGCAAACAUAGACGAAUUGAAUGAAGUCCAAACAACAAUUGGCUUGGAAAUUCACCACUACACUUUUGAAGUUGAUGAAAAUGUCAAGAAAAUGAAAAAGAGAUAUUCCGAUUUAAAGGAUCCCCUUAAAUUCUACAAGGACUCUCUCUCCGCAAUACAAGGGAAGAAAUUACUGAGUUUUCUUGAUUUUGGAGGACAAUGCGCUUAUUAUGCCUGUCAUCAAGUGUACUUUGGCAAGAGAUCAGUCUGUAUCAUCGUGGUCGACUUUUCAAAGGAAUUCGAGAACAUUGUUGACUUUAAUGUUUGCGAUCAAAGACGAACAAUGUUUGCAAACUGGAAGUACAAAGACUACUUUGUGUUUUGGUUACAGUCCGUGCGUAUAUACUGUGGAAAUAAAACACCAGUCAUCAUCGUUGCAACGCACUGUGAAAACUACAAAUCCCUGAGAAAAGGAGAGCUUUACAAUAGGAUAUGGAAAAUGCUUCCGGAAGAUCAGGAAUUAAACGAACAUUUGUCAAUCAGUAGAUUUUUUCCGAUCUGCCUUCCUUCAGAUCAAACAAGUGUUCUUGAACAUUUGACUGAUUUAGAGCAAUGCAUAGUUAAUUCAAUUGUGGAACAACCAUCAUGGGGAGAACAAAUUCCCAAAUCAUGGGUUUGGUUCUCGAGAUUCAUCGCCAGGCGGAAAGAUACCCACAAAAUCAUGUCAAUAAAACAGCUCAAACAAGCACAACCAACAGUGAAGUACAUCGACAAGCAAAUCAGAAGUAUGCUCUUAUUUUACCACGAAAUAGGCAUGAUUCUACACUUCGAUGAGGAUAAACUACGAGAAUUUUUCAUCCUUGAUAUUCAGUGGUUUGUUGACGCGUUCAAACACAUAAUCACGGAUGCGAACCAUAUGGAGGCUGUUAGAACACCAAAGGAACUGAAUGACUUCCAUGAAACAGGAGAGCUCAACGAUGACUUACUUAAUCGCAUUUGGCGUUAUACCUGUUUGAAAGACUUUGUUGAAUACAAAUCUGUAAUUCUAUCGUACAUGGAAAAACUUGGAUUACUUGUACAAGGCCACAAAGACAUGCAUUUUGUACCAUCGAUGAACAAGCGCGAUUUUCCUUCCCAACUUCUUGGAAUCCUUGCGGGACUGGAAGAUGAUAUGAAAACAUCGGUUUUGUACUUUGAGUUUGCCAUGGUGCCAGUAUUUGUGUAUUACCGACUUAUCGUUGCUUGCCUUUCUUCGCUCAAAUGGAAUCCUGUAUUGGACAAUCACAAAUGUUUUUACAAAAAUGUUGCAAUAUUUAAGGUAGAUGAGCAUUGCAUAAUCAUUGCAGUGAGUCAGAGGUACAUUCAAUUGCAAAUUUAUUGUGAGGAAAAUCCUUUAGAUAAACCAACAAUUAUCAGAUUGAGAGAGAAGUUAGAAAAUACAAUACAAAUUCUGGCAGGAACCUUUCAUGACUCUCUUGAAUACAAAACGGGAUACAGUUGCACAACAGCAGAUUUCGGCGUUGAUUUAAACAACACCUUCAUCACCGAAAAACAGAUGAAAGAUCUGAAAGGAAAGAAAUGCCCGCUCCACAAUUUUCUCACUGGCCAUUCAGUGGAACCCGUAAAAUUUUUACAGUGGUGGAAUCCGGAAAUCAAAGUACAAGACACAUUUCAAGCAAAAGCCUUAGAAAAGCAAAAAGAACAAGUCCAGAUCAGAGAAAACCAUCAGGACCUUUUUUCCGAAUAUGGAAUCGUGUAUAUCGCUGGUAGAAUAGGAAAAGAGUGGAACUUGCUAUUGUUACACCUUGGAUUGCAACAAGCGGAGAUAGACCAAAUUCAGAUAGACAACCCAGGCAACGUGAAAAUGUGGAAUAUCACAGGGAUUCGCAUUUGGCGUAACAGAAGGACUGAUAUAAAUGAUGAAGCAAAAAGAGAUUUUUUCCUUGCUUUAAAAAGCUGCGACAGAUCAGACUUAGUACAGGAACUUAGAGAGAAAUACAAUUUGCCAGAUGUCACGCAUUCAUUUUUGACUCCUCAGACAUUGCUUAAUGUGAAUGCAAUUUAUCGUCGAAUAGCUGUCGUGAAAACUCAAGACGUCAAAGGAACAGCAUUCAGAGUUGGAUCAAAAUACUUGAUGAGUACAUACAACGUUUUUCGAGAACAAUUGGAGACUUUAUGGUCUAUAGUGCACGACAUGUUAUCGGCAGAGGAACGCCACCAAUUUAAUCUGCACAGCAGAAUUCCACCUGAUGGCCCUUGGAAUUUAACAGAAGUAUUUAACAGGGAUGAUGUUCCAUAUGAUGCAAAACAACACGUUCAUCAACUUGGAAAACUACUAGUAACAGAUCUAUACGGUGUUGGUUUUGGUCACACAGAUGAAAACGAGGGAUUCACUGAGGAAAGUUCUGUAUUGUUUAACAUUCCGUUUGUGUCCCGUGAACACAACUUCGUCAUUCUGGAAUUGGACAGAGACAUUCCCGAAGGAAUUCCAUUGUAUUGUGAGGAAAACGAAACUACAAGCAUUGCACACAUCAUUGGUCAUCCUCGUGGUCAGUUACAAAUGCAAGAUUGUCAAGGUAUUAUUUAUACAAGUGAUGAAGCAUUGGCUAAAUUCAAAGAGGAAGCCAUUGAUUAUUUCAGUAAUAGAUGCAAAUAUGACGAGGAGACUUUAAUUUCUGAUUACAAUACUUGUCAUCUCAAACCCGAUCAGCUGGCAUUGCAUUGCAAGCAAAUAAUGAAUCCCGGGUCCCCUGUAGUAGUGAUAGACAAGGACAACAAACUGAAAGUGAAAGCCAUGAUCACUACAUGCCAACCCAAAUCCGUUUACGAUUCAGAUGACCGCUCUUUUACUGUAACACGAGAACAUUCAAAAUAUAUCCUUGCUUCUGGAAUUCAGAUAAAGCUUGUGCACGAAAUACUUUCUAAGAACGAAAAACAAUUGUGUGCCGAUUUGUUUGGAGACAAUUAAUUCUACAAGUCUGUUAAACUUCAACUGUGGUAUCCUUUACAGGUCGUAGAGUUACUGUUAUUCUAAAGCUGUAUUGGCUCACUCCGUUUACCUGAUCAGGAUAUAGGGCUCACGGCGGGUGUGACCGGUCGACAGGGGAUGCUUACUCCUCCUAGGCACCUGACCCCACUUCUGGUGUAUCCAGGGGUCCGUGUUUGCCCAACUAUCUACUUUGUAUUGCUUACAAGAAUUAUUGAGAUUGAUCACUGUUCGUUAUCUUCACCUUUCAUAUAAAGUUCGUCACAGACAAAUUAAAUAAUCUUAUUUUCAAUCAAUAGAAUUAGCAAUGAAUCGGUAUGCAUUUUUUAUUAAUCGGUAAUUAUUACCAAAGGAGAUCUAAGGUUAUCUGAAACGCAUGCAAUUACAUGCAUAUCGCUUGGGUUCAAGAGUUACAUGUAAGGUAUAGAACUCUAAAUAUAGGGUACCCAAGUUAACCAAUGUAAGAAGAAUAAACCAAAUGGUAUAAAAUUCUACUUUGUAUUCUAAUAUAUCCAUACAUAAUCAAUCUACAUCACUACCAAAAUUCAUCCUGAAAUUCCGUAACUUCCCAAGGUAUGCAGAAAUGGAUUAGGAAAAAUACCUAUUAAUUUUUGGUUCGACUUUUAUCAGGGCCCUGACAUAUACGACAAAAUAGAAUGUUUGAGCAAUGCAACAAGCUAUUGCAUCGAAUGUCCAGCAUUCGUUAUCAUUUCUAAAGUGUAUUUCUUACCCUAAUUCAUAAACUAAUGUCUGCAAUAGUUUCAAUGACUGAAAAUUGUAAAAUCGUUUAUCACAGCCAUUUUGACCGCUACAAUUAAUGACCAUAACUAUUUAAAGAAAUACUAAUCUUUAUCAAUAUGAAUUCCCUUUAGUACACAAAUAAUAACAAGUCUUUAUAAAGAUAGAAAAGAAAAAUGUGCUGAAAUCAUUAACGAUUGGAUGGAUGCAAAUAAACUGAAAAUGAACACAUCAAAGACCGAAUUCAUUUAUUUGGCAGCAGGAGGCAACUGGAUAAACGUAGCACAAAAGUUAUUAACAUUAAUGGUGAUGAAAUUGAACCGGAACGUUAUAUAAAAUACUUAGAUGCAUAUUUGGAGGAAACUCUCAAUUUUAAGGAACAUAUAAAAAGGAAAUGCCGAACAGCUAUGAUCAAUUAUCUUAGGAUUAAAAGUAUUCGCAAAUAUUUGACAAAGAAGCUACAGAAAUUUUGGUUUUAUCUUUAGUAAUUUCUCAUUUGGACUAUUGUAAUGUGAUUUUAUACUGCAUAGCACGACUGAAAUAUGUAAAAUGCAAAGAAUCCAAAACAUGGGUGCGAAACUGGUAUUAAAUCGUAAGAAAUUUGACAGCUCUAGGGAUGCUCUCAUUGACCUACAUUGGUUACCUAUCGAUUCUAGAAUAUCAUUUAAAUUAUUGACCUUCAUGUAUAAAUGUCAUGUGGGCGAAGCGCCAUUGUAUUUAACAAACUUUUAACGAAACAGGUACCAAAUAAAAAGUUUCGCUCCGCUCAAUCUUCUGAGAGUUGCUACAUUGUUCCUUUUAACAGGCGUAAAACUUUCAGUGAUAAAAGUUUCGGAACCCUUGGUCCGAGACUGUGGAACAGUUUACCGACUGAAAUAAGAGUCCCAAAUAUUUACAUACUUUUAAAGCCAAAUUGAAAACACAUUUGUUUAGACAGUUUUAAUGUACUUGUUUUUAGUUUAGUAUAUGUAGAGUGUGUUUGCAUGUAUAUGAUGUAUUGUUUAUUCUUUAAAAGCUUUUUAUAUUAUACAUGUACAACGCCAUUGAAUACUUUGUGUAAAAUUAGGCGUUAAAUCAAAUAAAAACAGUUUCAGUUUCUUAUUAUUUCAAUUUUCAUAUAAACCACAUUAAUGCAUGCAUUUGACGAUUUAUAAUAAUGAAAUCAGAUGUUAAUUUGGGUAGUUAGUUGCACCGGUCAAAAAUGGCUGUGAUAAGUGAAAGUGCAUUUGUAUUCUGUAAUUGUCUAUUUGUAUUGUACACUGUGCAUUCACAGUUUGUAUUAUAUGAUCUUUUUAUUUGCAUACCAUAAUUUUCAGUUUGUAUUGUAUAUUGUUUCUAAUUGUAUUCAAUAGUUUUCCAUUUGCAUAUUUUCUAUAUGUAUUCUAAAAUUUAUAUUUGUAUUCAAUAAAUUUUCAUUUAACUUGUA